AUGAAGUUGUCACAGUGCAUUUGUUCCAUGAUGGCGCAACAUGUUAUUUAUUCAAGCACACCGGCAGCCCUUUUGUUACUUGUUUUUUUACGAUAUCCAACUUAGUAAACGGUAAUGCAUUUACAGAAGGUGAAAGUAUCUGAUAGCCUGAAAGUGAAAUCAGUGAAUGCUUUAAUUACAAAGCAAUCUCAUGCACGAGAAUAUCUGUCCGCUGGUCCAGGUUUCCUUGUAGAGAUUCGUACCGGCCUCGAGAGUAACGUUUCGUUACGCUGGUCAUCUACACCUGACGAUUGGGAUCCAAACAACAGAUUAGACGCAAUCUUGAUCGCACAUAAUGGCAGGUCGGCAAUAUAGAAGUUUAUUCGAAUUCCUAAUUUUAAGGUUCCACGAUCUAUUUCCUGUCUGAGAACCAUCAGCAGAUUCGGCGAAACAUGGACCAAUCUUGGAAGCCAAUUAACUAUUAAGCGCCCAGUUCAACCAGAAAAAUAUUUUCGUACACGUCGUUCCAAUGCAUUAGAUAAUUUUGAUGAUGAAUACAAAGAUCCAUUAAUUGAUGAAAUGCAUACAAAUGUAUUUGUCGAGGGAUUAAGAAUAGAGACUUCAGACAAGGAUCCUAGCUACAGAGAGGAUGGUAUUCCUGAGAUAUUAGCUGGAAGUAGGGCUGUUAUACGACUAUUUGGCUUUGGUUUUACCGAAGAUACAUUGGUCGCAUUCACAGAUGAACCGGCAAACAGAACUGAUAUUUGUGAUAAAAUUAGAAGCAGUCAAUUUCCAGUAAAAAAUGUAAAAAAUCAUACUGCAACUAUUGAUGUUGUAUUACCGCUUGGUUCACCAUUCUAUGUGUGUAUAAAACAACCAGUAUAUGGAAAAGAAAGUUCUGACCGUUUGCUUUUUAAACAUCAGGGUACUGCAUCAUGGAAUACUAUAUAUACAUAUGAAAAAUUCUUACCACUUUGGCUCAAUGUAAUUAUUCUCUUGUGUCUUAGCUUUUCUGCUUUGUUUUCUGGUUUGAUGGGAUUAAUGGCAAUGGAUAGAACUGUUAAAAUACUUUGUAAUACUGGAACAGAAAAGGAAAAACAGUAUGCAAGAACAAUACAGCCCGUGAGAAAUCAUGGGAAUUAUUUGUUGUGUUCGAUUUUAUUUUCGAAUGUUUUGGUGAAUUCAAUUACCAUUUUGCUAGAUGAUCUAACUUCUGGAUUAGUUGCUGUUUUUGUUCCACCCUUGUCUAUUGUAAUUUUUGGCGAAAUUUCACCGCAAGCUAUUUGUAGCAGACAUGGAUUGUGUAUUGGAGCAAAGACUAUUUAUAUUACAAAAUUAACCAUGAUAAUAACAUUUCCGAUGAGUUAUCCUAUUAGCAAACUUCUAGAUGUUCUUCUCGGUGAAGAAAUCGGGAAUGUAUAUAAUCGUGAACGAUUGAAAGAACUUGUAAAGGUGAGAAAGAAAAAUAGGAAUAUAUAUUUAGAAAAGGAUGAAGUGAAUAUUAUUGCUGGAGCAUUAGAACGGCGAAAGAAAACUGUUAAAGAUGUAAUGACAAAAAUUGAAGAGGUAUACAUGUUGAAUUAUGAUGCCAUUUUAGAUUUGUGAACAGUGUCGGAAAUCAUGAAAUCAGGAUUCUCGCGUAUACCAGUAUACGAAGGUACAAGGACAAACAUCGUAACAAUGCUUUAUAUUAAAGAUCUUGCUUUCGUUGAUCCAGAUGAUAAUAUGCCACUUAAAACUUUGUGCCAAUUUUAUCAAAAUCCGUGCAACUUUAUUUUCGAAGAUGUUACAUUAGAUAUUAUGUUUAAACAAUUUAAAGAAGGUCAUAAAGGUCACAUGGCAUUUGUGCAAAGAGUAAAUAAUGAAGGUGAAGGAGAUCCAUUUUAUGAAGUAAUAGGAUUAGUCACAUUGGAGGAUGUUAUAGAAGAAUUGAUUCAAGCUGAGAUCAUGGAUGAAACCGAUGUAUUUACGGAUAAUAAAAGUAAACGUAGAAGACAAGCUAGACAUAAAAUACAAGAUUUUACUGUAUUUGCGGAGAAGAAAGAAAAUCAGCGUAUUCAUAUAUCGCCGCAGUUGACAUUGGCCAUGUUUCAGUACUUAUCAACAACUGUAGAUGCAUUUAAACCCGAUACAAUAUCAGAAACUAUUUUACGCCGUUUACUUAAACAAGACAUUAUUUAUCAUAUCAAAGUGAAGUCGCGCGAAAAGGCAAGAAAUGAUUCGUCAGCAGUAAUUUAUCAACAAGGAAAAGCAGUCGAUUAUUUCGUUUUGAUCUUAGAAGGUCGAGUUGAAGUUACGGUUGGCAAAGAAAAUAUGAUGUUCGAAAGUGGACCAUUUACGUAUUUUGGUUCUCAGGCGCUCACAGUUAAUGUUGGAAUCGCUGAAUCACCCGACCAAUACAAAUCCUCAACAGUAGGCAGCAUACAAUCGGUUAAUUUGGAUUCGAGAUUGAGAUACACGUUUGUUCCAUAUACAGUGCGAGCUGUAACCGAAGUGUUUUAUGUUAAAAUUAAAAGAUCUUUGUAUUUGGCUGCGAAACGAGCAACCCUUCUGGAACGAAGCCAAAAAGAUCCCAUACCUGGAAGUCAAGAACAAUUUGGCGAAAUAGAAAAGUUAUUGCAUUCUUUGGACGAAAGGAUGAUCGCAGCGUGUCCAGAAUCUCCAGUGUAUUACCGAUUCCGAUAGGACAAGGAAAGUAAAAAAGAUAAAGAAAAAGGAAAAAGAACUGGCGUACAAUCUCCCAUUCAUAGUGCUACUGCUCCAACUUCACCUGCUCCAGUUAGUGCUAGUCCAGUUACACAUUCAAAAUUUAUUUCAUCGUUCAGUGAUCAUAAUGGCAAACUAAAAAAUUCACCAAUGAAGUCAAUGAUCACGAGUCCGAAUCAAGGACAAACCAACUUGGAGUUAAAUUCAGAUAUUCUUGCUCUCCAAGAAACAAAUAAAAUCAUAUCAGCAAAGAAAUUAAUCGAAGAGGAAGAAAGAACGAAUCUCCUGCCUAAGCAAGAAGACUCUUAACGCUCGAAGAUUGGUCGACGAUGUUUAAACGCGUCGACGUUGUUGACAAUGCAGGUAUUAAACAACGAAGAGCAGGAAAAACCUCUAUGACAUAGAAUGCUAUGAUGGCAUUAGGUACUUAACAAAUUACAUAAAUAUUUAUCGCAAAACAAAUCGAUAGCUGAUGUUAAAUAUUUUAAGUUCUAAAUGGUUGGCUCAAAGACUAUCCACUAUAUCCUAGUUCUGUGAAGUUAGUACGCUCAGGGAAGUUUGCCAAAAUUUCAGACAUUCAUAUAUUCGAUUCUUACGGUCUACGUAAAUAGUCCAAUACGUAACUGAUGUUCAAACCUAUUUUUAAGUGACAAAUGUUUUAUUUCUCGAAAGAGCGGAACGCUUAACUAAGAAAAGUCUAUUCUCAACGUAAUAGAAAAAAAGAAACAAUUCAUUUUCUACUAUCUACCACAAAAUGCACACGUUUGUUCAAUAAUUUUUCUUGAACACUUGUAAAUAUCGUUUUACUGUACAUUUUCAUUUAGAACGAAACCUUUGUGAUGUGUAUUUCAUUCUUCGCAAUGAAAUACACGUUACAUGACAUUU